UUUCGUUUCGCCUCAGCCCGAACAAUGAGAGUGAGCUAGCCAGCUGAGUGGACUGGGACUACCCCCCAGCCUAACCCUUCUGCCCCUCCCACCUGCAACCAUGAUGAAUGGUGGUCGCAGUAUAUGGGCCAUCACCCCAGAGGAGAGGGAGAAACAUGACAAGCAGUUUGACACCCUGUCUCCCACUCUUGGCUAUGUGUCAGGAGAUCAGGUACACUCGUUUUUCCUGCAGUCAGGGCUCCCGAAACAUGUCCUGGCAGAAAUAUGUGGACAGAAACACUUCUUUCUGUGGAGGAAGCAUGUCUGUCAGGACACUGGCUGACAUGAACAAGGAUGGGAAGAUGGACAGACUAGAGUUCUCCAUUGCCAUGAAGCUUAUCAAGAUGAAGCUGCAAGGCAAUGCCCUCCCCUCUGCGCUACCCAUCAUCAUGAAGCAGCCGCCUGUGGCACCACCCAUGACGUCCUCAUCACGCUAUGGAAUGGGCUCUAUGCCAAACCUAUCCAUCCUGCCUGCCAUGCCCAUGAUAUCUGCCAUGCCCAUGAUGUCCACCUCAAUGAGCUCCAUGGGAACCAUGACUCCUGUGACGCCGCUGGUGCCUGCAGGGAUACCCAUAGGGCUAACCACAGCAUUGCCUGCAGCGAACCCCACAGGGAUGGCCAUGCCUGUUCUCCCUUCUGUCACUACGCCCACUUUGCCCAAUGGCACUGCAGGCUUCCUUCAGCCCACCCCCAUCAAUAGUGCUGUCAGUCAGAUGGCACCUCGGGGAACCCUCCCUCUGUCCAGCUCCUUCACCUCAUCUCCACUUGGGUUUACCAGCACAGGAAUGACCAAGACACAGUCCCUCUUGGACCUUGGGUCAAGCAGCUCCAACUCCUCGUCCACCACCUCCCUAGCAAGCAGCUCCCCCAAGACGGGCUCCUCCGAUUGGGCAGUGCCACAGGCGUCCCGACUCAAGUAUCGACAGCAGUUCAAUAGCUUGGACAAGCAGAUGAAAAACUACCUCUCAGGUCCGCAGGUCAGGAAUGCUAUGGCUGCCUCCCUGCUCACUCAGACACAGCUUGCUGCCAUUUGGAACUUGGCAGAUGUGAACAAGGAUGGGCAGCUGACAGCAGAAGAGUUCAUACUGGCCAUGCAUCUGGUGGACAUGGCCAAGACAGGGCAACCGCUGCCUCUCACAUUGCCUGCAGACCUGGUACCUCCUUCCCUCAGAACUGGGAAACCAGGUGAAAACGUACCUUCCACCUACAGUGCAAUAAAUGAUGACUUGCAGGCAGAGCCACCACAGAAGACAAAGAGCAAUGUGUCAUUUGAGGAUAAGCUGAAGGAGAACUUCCAGCGGGGCAACGCAGAACUGGAGAAGCGGCGGCAGGCUUUGCAAGAGCAGCAACGACGGGAGGAGGAGCGAUUGGCCCAAAAGGCCCGAGAGGAGCAGGAGCGCCGUGAGCAAGAGGCUCGAGAACUAGAGAGAAAGAGGCAAGAGGAGCAGGAGAGGAGGCUGGAACGGCAGCGGGAACUUGAACGACAGAGGGAGGAAGAGCGGCUGAAAGAGUUAGAACGCAAGGAGGCAGCCAAACAGGAGCUGGAGCGCCAGAGGAAGCUGGAAUGGGAGCGGAGGAGGCGUCAAGAGCUGAUGAGCCAGAGGAACCAGGAGCAGGAGGACAUUGUGCGAUUGAAGGCCAAGAAGAGGAGCCUGGAGAUGGAACUUGAGGCCGUUGGUGACAAGCAUAAGCAGAUCUCUGACCGCCUUCGGGAUAUCCAGAGCAAGAAGAAGAUCCAGAAGGGGGAGCUGGACCUGAUCAACCAGAAACGACACAGCCGCAUUGUAGAGAUCAACAGUCUGCAGCAGCAGUUUGAAGAUGGCCAGAAGAAAGUAUCACAGUUGGUUUCAGAGCAGCAGAGGCUGAGGGAGAGACUUUGCAAUAUGGGGCUGAACAAUUUGCCUAGUUCAACAGUGAGCACCUUAAACAGAAGUGUGACAGAGAAAGACACCACGUGUCGGAAACUAAAGGAGCAGCUAGAUGCUCUGGAGAAGGAGACAUCAGAAAAGCUGUCAGAGGUGGACCAGUACAACAAAGACCUUAAGGAGCUGAGGAACAGUCAGAGCAAGCAGCAGGCUGCACUAGACAAGCUUGUCCGGAUCAAAGCAGAAAAGCUGCGAGAACUACAGAGGCGUCGUGAGGAGGAGCUGGAGAGGAAGAGGAGGGAGGAAGAAGAGGCUGUCAGGCAAGCCAAGCUGGAGAAGGAGCGGCUGUGGCGGGAGAAGCUGGAGCGUGAAGAGGAGGAGCGCCGUCGCCGUUUGCAGGAGGAGAGGGAAGCUAAGCUGAAGGAAGAGGAAGAGCGAGAAGUUCAGGCAAGACUUCGGGCAGCGCAAGAGCAAGCUGAGCGAGAACGCAAGGCUGCUGAAGAGCGGGAACGUAAGAAGAGGGAGGAAGCCCUGAGGAGAGAAGAAGAAAGGAGGCGACAAGAAGAACGGAGGCUCGAAGAGGAGAGACAGAGAGAGGAGCGCAAGAGAGCAGAGGAGGAGAGGAAGAGGCAGGAGGAAGAGCACAAGAGAGCUCAAGAGGAGAGGAGGCGGAAGGAGGAAGAGAAAAGGAAGCAGGAGGAGGAGAGAAAGAGGGUGGAAGAAGAAAGAAGAAAACUUGAGGAAGAGAGGAAGAGGCUUGAAGAGGAGAAGAGGAAAUUUGAGGAAGAAAGGCAGCGACAGGAGGAGGAGCGGAAGAGGCGGCAAGAGGAGGAGCAGAGAAGAAAAAAGGAGGAGGAGCGCCGCGAACUGGAAAGGAAGCGUGAAAAAGAGGAAGAGGAAAGGAGGCGGCAACGAGCUCAAGUGGCUGCUAUCAGGGAUGCAGAAGAGAGAAAAAGACAGGAGGAAGAGAGUAAAAAACAGGAGGAAGAACGAAAAAGACAGGAGGAGGAGAGGAGGCGAAAGCAACAGGAGGAAGAAGCUGCAGCCAGACAAAGAGAGGAGGUGGCCUGGCAGCAAAAACAGCUGCAGCAGCAGCCGCAAAAUUCUGCCAAAACAGAUAUUCAUGAGAAGCUCUCAGCCCUAAUUAGAGGCAUAGAGGAAAGGAAAGGGGGUCUAAAGCCUGUAACUGCAGCACAUAGGAAGUCUGCAGCCCUUACCACCUAUAGAGCUCUCUACCCUUUCACAGCCAGAAACGCAGAUGAGCUGACGUUUGAGGCAGAGAGCUUAAUCGAGGUAGAUGAGAAGACUGAGAGUGAGCCGGGAUGGCUGUACGGCAGCUAUCAAGGCAAAAUGGGCUGGUUCCCUGAGAGCUAUGUGGAGAAGCAAACGAAAGUGAAGGCUACUGCCUUUGUCAAACAGGCUCUGAUCCCUUCAUCUGCAGCAUCUACCUCAGUGUCCAUGGGCAAAUCACAGGCGGAUGUCAACAGCUCACCAGCAGGACAGAGCAUCCCGGGGGGAGCGGGUCAGAAUUCUGCCUUCACUCCAACCCAUCCACCAGGCUCAGCCUCCACAGAGUAUGGACAGGUUGUGGGUAACCUCCAGGCCCAGGCACUGUGUUCCUGGACAGCCAAGACAGACAAUCACCUAAACUUCUCCAAGGAUGACGUGAUUACUGUGCUGGAGCAGCAAGAGAAUUGGUGGCUGGGGGAGCUGAAUGGAGUCCAGGGCUGGUUCCCCAAGUCCUAUGUCACACUGCUGCCUGGAAGCCACACCCAUACAGAGAACUUUUACUCUGAGGGAUUGGACAAAUCCAACGCAACUCAGCAAGAGGAGUUUGUGGCCUUGUACACAUAUGAAAGCCCAGAGCCAGGAGACCUUACCUUCAGCGAGGGUGAAAUCAUCAUGGUGACAGAAAAAGAGGGGGGAUGGUGGAAGGGCUGUAUAGGGGACAGGACUGGAGUCUUCCCCUCUAACUAUGUGAAGGCAAAGGAGACUGAUGCCCCUAGCAGCACUGGCAAAUCAGCAGCUAGCAGCAAAAAACCUGAAAUUGUCCAGGUAGUAACUGCAUACACGGCCACCGGUCCAGAACAACUGAGUCUGGCCCCAGGACAGGUCAUUCUCAUCCAGGCCAAGAACCCCACAGGCUGGUGGCAGGGAGAACUGCAGGCAAGAGGUAAAAAACGCCAGAUGGGAUGGUUCCCUGCAUCCCACGUCAAGCUGUUAGGGUCUAGCGGUGGGAAGUCCACUCCAGCAUCUGCUCCAAUUUGCCAAGUUAUUACAAUGUAUGAUUAUAAGGCAGCCAAUGAGGAUGAGAUGAGCUUUACCAAGAGUCAGCUGAUCAACGUGUUAAACAAGGAUGAUGCUGAUUGGUGGAAAGGAGAAUUGAACGGCGUUGUUGGCCUGUUCCCUACCAACUAUGUUCAAAUCACCACAGAUUCUGACCCAAGCCAACAGUGGUGUGCGGACCUGACAAGCCUGGACUCCAUGAGUCCGCAAGAGAGGAAGCGCCAGGGCUACAUUCAUGAGCUCAUCGAGACUGAAGAGCGCUACAUGAAUGACCUUCAGCUGGUGCUGGACGUCUUCUACAAGCCCAUGUCUGAAUCUGGCCGCCUCACAGAGGGGGAGAUGGGUAUGAUUUUUGUCAACUGGAAGGACCUGAUCAUGUGCAACACCAAACUGCUCAAGGCCCUGCGGGUGCGGAAGAAGACGGGCGGGGAGAAGAUGCCUGUACAGAUGAUCGGGGACAUCCUCGCCUCAGAGCUCUCCCACAUGCAGGCAUACAUUCGCUUCUGCAGCUGCCAGCUCAACGGCGCCGCCCUUCUGCAACAGAAGACCGACCAGGAGCCUGAAUUCAAGGACUUUCUCAAGAAAAUUGCCACUGAUUACCGCUGUAAAGGCAUGCCGUUGUCCAGUUUUCUGCUUAAGCCUAUGCAGCGCAUCACCCGUUAUCCUCUCCAUAUCAAGAAUAUCCUGGAGAGCACCCCAGAGUCACAUGUGGAUCAUGGGCAUCUGCGGGAGGCUCUAGAAGGAGCGGAGGAGCUCUGCCUGCAGGUCAACGAGGGGGUCAGGGAGAAGGAAAACUCAGAUCGCCUGGAGUGGAUCCAGUCGCAUGUGCAGUGUGAAGGCAUCACCGAGAACCUGAUUUUCAAUUCCUUGACCAACUGCCUGGGUCCACGCAAGCUGCUACAUAGUGGGAAGGUCUACAAGACCAAGAGCAACAAGGAGCUCUAUGCUUUCCUCUUCAACGACUUCCUGCUGCUAACCUACGUUGUUAAGCAGUUCACCUCCUCUGGGACAGACAAGCUCUUCAGCCCCAAGACCAACAUGCAGUUCAAGAUAUACAAAAACCCGAUAUUUCUGAAUGAAGUUCUGGUGAAGAUGCCCUCUGACCCCUCUAGCGAUGAGCCAGUUUUCCACAUAUCCCACAUCGACCGUGUUUACACUCUCAGAACGGAGAACAUCAAUGAGAGGACGGCUUGGGCCCAGAAGAUCAAAGCUGCAUCAGAGCACUUUAUAGAGACUGAGAAGAAAAAGCGAGAAAAGGCUUACCAAGCACGCUCCAUUAAGGCCAGUGGGAUCGGUCGCCUGCUGGUCACUAUUUUGGAGGCUACUGAGCUGAAGCCUUGCAAACCCAAUGGAAAGAGCAACCCGUACUGCGAGGUGACCAUGGGAGCGCAGUGCUAUACCUCCCGCACAAUAAAUGACACCAUCAACCCCAAGUGGAAUUUCAACUGCCAGUUCUUCAUCAAGGACCUGUACCAGGAUGUUCUGUGUAUCACCGUCUUUGAGAGGGACCAGUUCUCUCCUGAUGACUUCCUGGGUCGCACUGAAGUUCCUGUGGCAACCAUCAAGAAGGAGCUGGAGAACAAGGGACCAGCGAACCGACGCCUCCUGCUUCACGAGGUGCCGACGGGGGAGGUGUGGGUGCGGCUGGACCUGCAGCUCUUUGACCACAAGACCCACAAGUGAGAGAAGCCUGCUUAGCACACAUUGUUAUAGCACACAUACCCCUGCCCAGCUGUGGUCUGCACAUUAGGGAAGGAGGGCAACAUCUGGGCCUCCUGAAAGGCCCUCAUGCAGAUGCGCUGGCCUGCCCCGACACCCCUGUGCAGCUGUGAAGCAGGUCGCUGGCCGACAGUGCGCACGAUCAACGUGCUAUGUACCGUACCCCAGCUGUUUCUUCUUCACUCCUGGGACAUUGCCAACCGUGUUUUGAACUGAGGCCAUCAAUGAAGGGUAUAUGUUUUGGAACUGUAAUUAUUUGACUUUUUGGUCUGUACACAUAUAUAAAUAUACAAAUGUGGAUGCUGGAAUGUGAAUUAUAGGUGAAGUGGAAAAUGUAGGAAGACGUUUUGAACCGCAGCUACUGUUUACCACAGGAUAUGGGAAUAUCUCAGGAUUAUGUUUCUCCCAGGGCUAUAUGUAUU